UUUUAAAUCAUCAUUUGGUUAUAGUUGGCUGUACCUCUAUAGUUUUCAAUAAAGCAUUGCUUUCGAAAGUUGCUAAUUUUUAGCUAACAGUCGACAUUUUCGUAUAUUGUAUAUUGCAUUUUAUGUGCGUUGGUGUGACUUCGUUAUGAAGUUAGGGUUAUUGAUAUUUUUUGCAGCGAAUACGCUGGCAGCUCCGUUUUGGGUGCUGGACAAAGAUCUUCCAAGAGCGGAAGUUAAAGAUGUUGGGUGCAAAGCAUCCCGAUUAAGGCAGGGUCUAGACUAUACGUAUGACUAUGAAGGAGAAACAUUGAACAAAAUUGAUGGGGUGUCGACGCAGGCGACCGGUUUGAAACUUAAGGCUCAGAUUACCAUUACUCCCUUAGAUGAAUGCAAGUUUUACAUGAAAAUUUCAAAAACAGAGCUCUUGCAAAAAAGCAUGAGUCAGGACAGCUUUGUUAAAAGUGCUGAUUCAGAAAAUUUCAAAAUUGCUUUGGAGAAAUAUGACCUUGUGUUUUCAAUGAGUGAAAAUCAAAUUACAAAGCUAUUUUCUAAUAAAGAUGAACCUGUGUAUAUUUUGAAUACUAAACGAGGUAUUCUAAGCACCAUUCAAUUAGAAGAAAGUGUAUCUGUUGAAAGUGAUGUCAAUGGUUUUUGUAAGACAACAAUCACUCAAGAAGAUGGAAAAAUUGUAAAAUCCAAAAAACUUUCUGACUGCAGUCAACGAACUAUUCAAGAAAUAGGUUUCCAUGCAGCAACAAUUAAAUCUGAAAGUGAUCUUAAGGUUCUGGACUCUAACAGCAAAUGUGUUUACAAAAUAUCUGGAAAUAUCAUUAACUCUGUUAGUUGUGAAGAGACUCAUUUGUUUAAACCAUUCUCUGCUGGCCACAAGGCACCAUCAGGAGCUGUUACAACUGUUAAACAAACUUUAUCAAAUUUACAAGAAUCUAAAGCAAGUUCAAUAACAUCAAAGAUUAUUGAUGGAAAAAUGCAAGAGUCAUCAAUUUUAUAUGACCAUACUAGUGAAGAAAACCAAGCAAUAAAAUCUUUGAAGGAUGAGUUUGAAGAAACUAUUCAAAGACUAGCCAAACCAAAUGAAGUCAAACAAUUUACUGUUAAAAUGGAUUCUGCCCAUGAGUUUUCAACUAUGGUAUUUUUAUUGCGUAAAAUGGAUAUGAAAAGGAUGACCAUCGUUUGGGACAAGUACUUUGACUGUAUUGAAAGCAAACUUUGUGAUAAUUCGCAAGUAGAUCUUAGAGAUGUUUAUAGACAAUACUUGUUGGAUGGUAUUGCCUAUUGUGGAACAUCUACUUGUGUGACUAUGGUCCACGAUGCUAUUAUCAAAGAAGCAAUCACUGGUGAAAGAAUGAACAUAUUUUUGCAAAGCAUAGCUUUAGUUGCCACUACAUCAAGAAAAAUUAUUCGUGAUUUAAUGGGAAUUGUUUCUAAGCAACCAACUCGACAAGGUUAUUUGACCCUGGGAACAAUUUUAUACAGACAUUGCAAAAAAAAUAUUGCAGACUGUGAUGAUGUUAAGCCGAAUAUUAUCACUCAAGCUGAAAAUUUUUUGAUUGGUAAACUUGGUAAAAAUUGCGAAGGACAAGAAAAUUAUGAACGUGUUGAAGAAAUACUCAUGUCAUUAAAAGCUCUUUCAAAUGCUCAACGUCCAUCCAGAGCAAGCUCUGUAAUUCUUUCAUGUGCUGCUAACUCUGAGCAUGUCAAUAUCACUACAGCAGCAUUUGAUGCAAUUGGAAAUAUGCCAUGUGACAAAGUUAUUGUUGAUGAGCUAUACAACUUUGUCAAGGAAACUUCUAAUGCACCAAAUAAACGCAUCUCUGCAUUUGUUGCAUUGAUGAAAUGUCCAAAUGAGAUCUUACUUGAACAUGUUGUUGAUCUUUUGGAGCAGGAGCCCAGCAACCAACUUGCAUCUUUUAUUUGGUCUUAUUUGACAAAUAUAAUGGAAUCCUCAAAUCCAAAGCAUGAAAGUACUAAAGCAUUGUUGGAAAAAAUAACAAAAAUUAAACCGUUGAGGGAAUUCAAUAUGCCGUUCCAUCAGUAUUCCAAAGCAUUUGAAAAGUCCACUUAUUUUCAAUCAAUAAAGUCUGGUGCGGCAAUUGAAAGUCAUGUUAUUUUUAACCAUGAAAACUAUUUUCCACAAUCUGCUUUCUUUGAUUUAACUGCCAAUGUUCUUGGGGUCCCUGUCUCUUUGUUAGAAACUAAUAUUGGUAUUGAAGGGUUGGAAGAUCUGCUGGAGCAAGCUGCUGGUAAUGAUGGAUUUCUCUCAAAAAAUAACUUUGUGUUUAACUUGUUUAAUUUCAACAUUACUGCUCAAAAACUGAGAGAUUUAGCCCAACAGCGUGAACAGCAAGAACCAUCUGUUGUGCGCAAUCGUCGAGCAACUGAUGAAGACAGUAUCACUGAGUUACACAAAAAAGUGAAUCGUAAAAAUAAACUGCCAAAUGGUCAUUUAUCAUUUAAAGUGAUGGGACAAGAAAUUCGAACAUUUAGUUAUGAUGAUAUUUUUUAUAUGGUUGAUCAAAUUGAUAACAUGAAUGUCAUCCAACUCUUGUUAAAUAUUGCAAAGGGUGGUAGUAAAACUUUUACCAAAAGUAUGAUGUUUUUAGAAAUGACGCAAACUGUUCCCACUGGCCUUGGUCUUCCAUUGAAACUCAAACUUGUAGGAACAACUGUUGCAGGUAUUGAAUUAAAUGGAAAGUUUGAUAUUCGAAACAUGUUUUGGGGACCUGGCUCCCUUACUAUCAACGGGUUUGUAAACCCCAGUGCUGCUGUUGAGAUAUCUGGACAAAUGGGUGUUGAUGGUCAUUUUGUUUCAUCUGGUGUAUUUGUAAACUCAUCGAUGUUUGUGUCAAAUACUAUUAAAGGUGCAAUUGUUUACCAAGAAGGAAAGCUCUUAAAAAUUAACAUGGACGUUCCUGAGGAACCAGUUGAAUUAUUUAAAAUUGGAUCGACUCCAUUUAUGUAUUUAAAUGGAAAAAAUGAAGCUGUUGAAGGUGUUGAAAGAAAAAUUAAUCCAGAAGAAACUUGCUUUAAGUCUGUUAUGAUUGGCUAUGGAGUCUGUACUAGUAUUCGCAUGCCAGUUUCAUUUCGUGAAUAUGAAGCACCUUAUUUUCCUUUGUCUGGACCAGCUCAUUUUGGAGUCAAAUUAUUCCGUGCUGAUGAAAAACUGCAAACUUUUCAAUUUUUAGUAAGUAUGACAAAGAAACAGCCAAUAACAUCAGGAGUGAUUGAGUUUAGUACUCCAGGUGCACUUUAUGAACGCAAACUUGGUGGUGAGUUUUUGUUCAGUGAUGUUGAUGAUAUUAAAACUUUAACAUUGUCAGCUAAAAAGUCAAAUAAAAUGGCAUCUGUUGAAUUUAGCUACAACUCUGUGACCCAUCAAACCUCUGUUGUAGGAAAAAACAAUUUUUUUACAGAGAAAGACAUUGUAACUAAAUUUGUAUUUUUUAACACUUCGAACACAGUGAAUGUUAAUCAGAUAGGUUUACGCUUUUCUACAGAAUAUGAUUGGUACAAAUUUGAAAGUGUCACCAAACUUGUUAAGAAAGAAACAGGCUUUAUAUUAACUGGAUCUACUCUUUAUUAUCCAACAAAAUCUAUCACUGGAGUAUUAGAAUACAAUUCAGAUGAACAAAAAAUUAUUACUCGAGUUGAAGUCGCAGACAAAUCAUUUGAACUCACAGGAAAUUAUCAGAAAAAAGGUAAUGAAAGAGGAUUUACUGUUGUUGCAUCUUCUGGGAAUGUAAUGUCAACAUUUUAUGGUGGGUUCCUUAAUGAAGCCAAUAAACAAGAAGUUUUGCUUUCUGUAAAUGGAUUUGGUAGUGUUUUGAAAAAUACCUACACUUAUGAGAAUGUUAACGGUCAACGGUCCUUUGAAACUAAGCUUUUAGUAAAUGAUCAUGCAGCUCAACUUCGUUCUGAAUUUAAAUUUGAAGGGGAUGGAAGUGAAUUAGUAUUAACUGCAGACAUUUUUGGAAAAACUGCAGUUUCAAAGUUCCUUGUAGUUAAUACUGCUUCAAUUAAAGAAGUAAAUGUCACUGCUAAUAUUGCAGGAAAUUCUGGACAAGCAUCUUUGAAAUAUCUUGCUGACGGCCCUUCAUUUGUUUCUAGUUUUGAUGUCAUGGGAAGUAAAUUAAAUGCAUUUGUUGCUCUUGACAAUAGCAUAGGAUACAAAGUCAUUGUUGGAGGAAGUGCUGGUGGCUAUACUGCUGGUUUAAGAAAUGUUUACUCCCAAACAGAAGAUACUCAAUCAUUAUGUGCUACAUUAUACUAUGAAACUAUGAAUUUAGAAAAGCAGGCUGGAAUUGGUUGUGCAAAGAUUACUUCGCGUAAUAAAGAAUUUAUCCAACGAGUAGUCGCUCUAACAUUUACUGCUGGUGAAGGAGAGAAAAAUGUAGAGUUUAUUAUAGACUUUGAAAAACAUACCAGUCAAGUUAAGCUCAACACUGAUUUCAAGGUCAAUAACAACUUAUUAUUUAAUAAUCGUGUCACCAUUAAAUAUAACAAACUUAUAGACAGCGAAGCUUCAGUUUCUUACAAAGUUUUAAACUACGACACUGGAUUUAAAUUAUUUAGCAAGAAGUAUAAUGAAGAACUUCAAUUUGGAUUUGAAACACGAGUCAUGAAAACAUCAGUACUUUUUCUUCAACACUACUCAACUGUUGGAGAAAACAAAGAAAUGAAGUCUGAAUUUUUUAUUAACGAUAAAGUUAUACCUGUUAAUGCACAAAUGAAUUACAUCAAAAAUGCAUUGGAAAAAAAAGUAGUGUUACGAUUGACAGGUGGCCAAUAUAGCAUUGAGAAUUUUUACAGUAUUUUUAAUAAUGUAAAUAUUUACCAGUUAGGGUCUGGAGUAACAGUUAGAAAGGGUGAAUCUACGAUAUUUAAUGUUUAUGAAGCUGCAGCAAUACAAUUAAAUGAUAAAUCUAAAGUUUUCCGUUUUAAAUUUGGUGCAGUUUUAUUUGAAAAAACAUAUGAAUAUGGUUGGGAAACCGAGUAUAAAAAUCUAGGAACCUCUGAUAAAACAUCAUUUUCAUUAGUUAGUAGUAUUCAAUAUGCCAUUAAUCGUAAAUCUUCAAUCUCUCUAACUAUAAGUAACAGUAAAUCUGAUGCAUCAGCUGUAGUGGAGUUUGAAUACAUUCCUUCAAAUAUUCUCAUCUAUAGUAUUAAGUUCAAUAAAGUUCUUUAUCAAGUUGAUGCUUCAUUAGAGUUUUUGCCAAAGAUGUUUACAAAGUUUAUGGCUCGCUUAGAAGGUCAAAAUGGCUACCAACUUAUUACUGAUGGUAGUGUUGAAUGGAGUGGAUAUAAAAGAUCUUUAGGUGCCACUUACACAUACAAGCAUACCAAUUCUGAAUUGAUUGUUUCUUCUUCAAUUGGAAAAAACCUAUUUUUUUCUUUCACUCACUUAAAGAACUCACCAAAAUUAGUUGAGUUAACUAUUGUUGCAUUCGAGAACAAUGGAAAAUGGAUUAGUGUUUUUCAAAAUUCACAUCUUCAGAAUCAAUUUGUUUGGAAUGAUAAAGAGAUAAUAAAUAUUGGAACUAACAUGGAACUUGAUACAAAAUCGUUCUUUUUCCAAAUUUCAAAAGGUAAAGAAGCACUAAUGAAACUCUCAAAGAGCUUUAAUGAUAUUGGAGAGAAAGUUACUCUCAACUUACCAGAUGUUCGAAACCUGAUAUCAUUUGAUGGAAAAUUAGAAAAGGAUGCAUUAAGGUUUAAGGUUUUUGGAAAAGAAGAAUGGAUAUCUUUGAAUGUUGAAGUUAAUCGUGAAAAAAACACAGCCUUGGCAUCCAUUUCAGUUUUUAAUAAAACACUAAGCGUUACAGGAUUAUUUCCUAUUGAUGGAGUUUCAUUAUAUGUCAAUCCAUAUUUUAUGAAUGAAUUUUCUUUAAACGCUAUCUAUAAUCCACAAGAAAGAUCUAUAAAUCUGAAUGCAAAAACUGUUUCUCGCACUGUUGGUGUUAUCCUUCGAUGUGAUAUUCAAAACAUGAUAGCAUCAUUUCAGACAUUCUGCAAUGAAAACAAAAUUUCUCUUAAUGUAUUUGUUGAAAAAAAUUCAUUCAUCUCUCAGUUUUCUAUUUCACCAAAAUUUACUUUUCAAUUUGUUUUUGACAUUCUGAAUGAUGACACUUUAAUGUUCAGCACACAAACUUUGAAUGAAGGAAAGCCAUUAACUCUAACAUCAGUAAAGUAUCAACUUUCAAAAGGUUUUAGUCAACUUGCUUUGAACUGGAACCAAGAAACUGCUUCUAUGAUAUAUCAGACUGUUUCACCUAUAAUUGAAACAUUCAGUAACAAAUCAAUUCAAAACAGUAAAAUGUUUGUCGAUUAUAUUUAUGAAUCAGCAAUGGGUAGUAAAGUCUCUGCAAUGGAGUUUAUUGACAUGAUGGACAAAGCUUACAGUGAAAUUGAUAUAACACUUUCUCAAGAAAAACUAAAAUCUCUUGCAGUGUCUUCUAUUCAGCAAUUAUCAGAAAUUUUAAAACAUGCAUUGAAAGAAGUAGUGCGAAGUAUUGACUCUUUAAAAAAUCAACUUCCUGAAUUAUUCCAAAAGUUAAACAAUUUAAAAGAUCAAAUCAAUAUCAUUCUAAGAAAGGUUCGUGAAUCCGUAGUUGAAAUAAACUCUGAUCUAGAAAAAAACUGGAAAGAAGUUGUAAUAAUUGUCUUCGAAGCCAUCAGUAACAUUACAAAAUCUAGUCAGCCUGUCGUAGUUAAAGCCUUUGAGCUAAUUAGAGGGUUCAAAGUGCAAGGAGUGACUGUGGAAGAAUUUGUUUUGAGUCAAUCAAAAGGUAUACAAUAUCUAACUGACUAUGCAAUGAGUGCAUCUAACAAUUUAACUGUGUUGGUAUCAAAGUUAAAAGAAGAAUACUUAGUUAACAGGGAAAAUAUUUUGCUGUUUAAAAUUCCAUACACAAAUGAGACAAUGGAAAAUGUUUUAGCUAUUAUAGCAGAAAAAGGGCUUGAACUUAAAAAUUUAAUUAUGGAAUUGACUUUGAAGCUAAAAAAUCAAAUACAUGAUUUGAACUUGCAGACAUAUUUUGAAGAAAUGCAAAUAAAACUUAUAAAUUUCAAGAUUGAAAAUAAAUCUAUAGAAGAGCAUAUUGCAAUCUUAAAAAACAAUGUAAAUAUUUUCAUUUUGAAUGACAUGCAAAAAGUUAUACAAAAAAUUCAAUCAAAAACCGAAUUAUAUGUAAAUAAAGUAAUAAAAUUUCUAACUCCUUUAAUGGAUCAUAUUAAGUUUGUUAAUGCAGCUGUUAUAAAACAUUUCAAACCUUUUUUAACAAAAUCUGCAAACGAAGUACUUCAAAAAGCUUCUGUUAUACACAUCCAAGAUAUUGAAAAGUUUUUAAGAGAAAAAUGGGUCAUGAUAGAGAAAAUUUUGUUGCCAAUGCUUGAGCCUAUUCAACCAUUUUACAUUGCAAUGAGGAAACAAAUUAGCAACUUUGAAGUUAACAAUUUGGAAUCAUGGUUAAAUAUGCAAAAAUUGAGGUUUGAAGACUAUGCAAAAGAAACUGUUAAAGCAAGAAUGAACAUAGAUGAUCAGAUCAAUCUGUUAAACAGUGCUGUUAAAAAGAUUUCCAAAGCAACUCAAGAAGAAAUAGUGCGCAAUAUUGCAUUGUCUGAUAUUAAAAAAAAAGAAGUUGUUGAAUUCUUUGUCAAAAAAAUAACUGAGCAUGAAAAGUUGUUUUCUGAUAUUUUACAGCAAGUAAAACUUCUUUGGAAUCAAUUAAAAUCACAGUGUACUGAGUUAACGUCUAAAUCAUUGAAGGAUGUAAUUGAUUCACUUUUUAUCAAUUCUUCUGCCAAUCAAUUCAAAUCAAACAUUCUAUCUACAGCUGAAGAAUUAUCAAAAGCAUUAAAAAAAUUAAGCGAAAUGGACUUAACAGAAAGCAUAAUAAAGAAUGCUAAUUCAUCAGUUCAAAUGAGUAAACUUCAAAUGGACAGCAUUAUUGAAGAGAUUGUUAAACAAAGUAAAACUAUCAACACAACAGAAAUUGCUCUUAAGACUGUUCAAAUGGUUCAACAAUUAGUUGCUGAUAUUUACGCUUCAGCUCUUGUCUUGACAACAAAUCUCUAUAGUAAUAUGGAUCCUUAUUUAUCAAAAAUGGCUAAUCUUGAGUAUAAACAAUUGUUGACUGAGUUAAAAACCUAUGCUUUAAACUACAGCAAAGAAAUACAUUCUUUUGGAAACCAAAUUUAUAACUUCAGUAAAGAAACCAUUUACAAUGAUCGUCUAAGUAAUGCUUAUGCCACAUAUAAAGUUCAUCUAGAAGUGUUAUAUGCACAUCUUUCAAAAAUUGAGGUUUAUAAAAUAUCAAAAAUUGAUUACAAUCAAAUAUAUGAUGAGUAUGUUGUACCUUUAAAACAGUGGUGCAAAGAACUGUGUCGUGAAAUGAAAGAAAAGUCUGAACUUGUAUAUGACGAUGUAGAGGGGCCCUCCAAAAAGUUGUUUAUCUAUUAUAAAAGCAUUGUUACUGGUUUUGUAACUGAAAGCUAUAAUGCUGUUCUAGAUCAAGCAUCUGAAUUUUUUAAAACAUUAAUUUCAGAACUAAACAUUGCUUGGAACAAAAUACAAGUUCAAUUAAAGGAAGUGAGUGCGAAGUUAUAUGCAACUUAUCAACACCUUUUAACUCAGUAUGAAGAUAUGACUUGGGAAGAAAUCAUCCAAGUAGUAUGUGCUCAUGGAAGAAUGAUUGCAAAAGAAACACAAAUGAACACAAUAAAACUAUAUAAUAACUUGUUAAAGUUAUCAAAUGUUUUGAAAGAUGAAAUUGAAAAAACGUACAUUAUGACAGCUACUCACUUUAAUUUAUAUUUGACAAAUAUCCAAAGCAAAGUUCAACCUGAGGUCAUUAAGAUGGUUUUUAAAUUCAAAAUAUUUAUAGGAAAAAGAAUCGCAGAUAUUAAGAGAAUAAUAAAUGAAAUAUCAAAAUUCAUACAAAACCAGGCAUCUGAAAUAAAAGAUCAAGUUAUUGUAGUUUAUAAUGUUAACAAGAAUAAAAGUUUAAAAAAGAUAUACUCUGAAGUUACUGCAAUGACUGUUACUGAGUUUAAUAAACAAUAUGAAUUGUUUGAAGAAAAUGUAAAUGGUUUGAAAAAUACAGUGAUUCAAACGCUUCAAAACUUUUCACAUAACUAUUAUACUAAAGCAAAUGUUUUACUACAAACUGUAAUUAUUCCUGAGCUAGUAGCUGAAUCAGAGUCAUUUAUUAAUCAAACACUUCGACUUUCGGUUAUUUUAGCAAAUGAAACAGUUAAUGCCUACUCUCCGCAUUUCUAUCUUAUAACUGAUAUUUUGAGCAAGUUUACAGAAGAGAUGAAAACCAAAGUGUUAGACUUGUCCGAAGAAGUUUCUAAAAGAAACAGUAUUGUUCUAGAAGAAAAUUUAACAAAGUUACAAAACAUACUUAACAAUUUUUCUACUAAAUUACAAAACAACGACAUAGUUGUGCAAACUAUCAACCACGAAUAUGUUAAGCAAUCAAGUAUUGAGUUUAAGAAGUUAAAAGAAACUGUAGAACUAAAAAUGAAUGAGUUAAAAUUAAAUCCAACCGAAGAAUACAAACUACAGACUGAACAAGCUUUAAACAAGAUCCAGGAAUAUUUUGAAGAGUUAAAAAAAUAUUAUUCAGAACAGUUUAACAUUGAUGAAAUCAUAGUUCUUAUACAAAAUGUUCGCGAGAGUGGAAUAUUUACAUUAAAUAAAGCUACACAAAAGCUGAAACCUGGUUAUAAUGCUAUUGUUGCAGAAACUUGGGCAACAGUUAAACGAGUUUUUGGUGAGAUGAAUAAAGUUGCUACUUUAUUCCGUCAAUAUCCUGAAGAAACAUUCUGGAAAACUUUGAGUGUAGCUAAAGGAAACAUCCAAUCUAUUAUUUCCAUUGAUCUGUUAGAAAUUAAUACAAAAUAUUCAAGAUGGUUGCUGGAGAUAAAAGAAGAUGACUAUUUCAAUGAAUGGACUAAAACCUCUAUAAAAAAAGCAGUCAAAUAUGCUCAAUCAACCAGUGAGUCACUAGAAAUGAAAAUAAAAGAUUUAAUUUCUUACACUAAAACCACUGUUUCCUUUUAUCAAGAGAAUGUUAAACAGAUAACAAAUUGGUACAACAACCAAAUGAGUUUAUUACCUGAGAAAUGGUCUAAAUGCCCUAUUAGUUCUAUUUUUGCAAAUCCUCUAUGGAACAACCUUAAAAAUGAGUUGACAAACCAUGAACUUUUUGUAGUGGCACGUAUGAUUGCUGGAAAAGGCCAAGACAAAUUUGUUGACAUCAAAGAUAUGGCACUUGCUGAAUUUAACAACAAAAAUAAUGACCUUAACACACAAGUUUUUGAUAGAUAUCACCAAACAAAAGGAAUAACACUGAAUCAGUACAAAGAGCUGGCAGAAAAUUAUAACCACCUUAUAAAAAAGGUUGAUGAAAGAUAUCAAGAACUAGUAUCGCAAACUUUGAAAACUCUUGAUGACACAACUCUUUCUGACGUAGUUUUAUUUGUUCAAACAAGUACUAAUCAAAUGGUUGAAAAACUUUUAGAAGUUAAAAAAAUGUUUGAUGAUGUUCAGUUGAAAGGAAGAGCAUUGUACAAUGAAUACAGCAACAGCUUUAUUGCACAAUUUGAAAACUAUAAGUUGAAUGCUAUUACUAUAUUCGAUCAGUAUCAAAUAAAAGUAACAAACUUGUGUACUCAGCUUCACACUGAACUUUAUGUUUAUUUUACACAAUACAAACAGACUUUAGUACCAUACUAUGCAAGCUUAGAGGCAACAGUUCAACAAUACUACCAUGAGUUUUAUCCACUUGUUGUUGGAAAGUAUAAUGAUGUUUAUUUGAAAGUUAAAUCACAGUUAGAUGGAAUUACCUUGAAAUCUAAACAGGUUUUUAAUGAAUUCAUUAAAAAUACUAUAGAUAUGACUGAUUUAGUAUACAGUGAAUCAUAUUCCCAGUGGAUGCAAAGUGAUCUGCAUGUAACUUUAGUGUCUCUCCGUAAAAUGACAAUAAAAGAAACUGUCAGUGCAUUACUUAGACUUCCUUCACAAAUUAAAAAAGUUAUUAUCACAAGUUACAAUAAGUACCAAAAAAAUAUUUUAGAGUUAAGUGAAAAAGUCCCAAAGGUUUUCUCUCAAUUGUACAAUAAUUAUUAUAAUACCUGUCACCAUUUUUGCAGCAUUAUGUAUAAAUCAAUGAAUGAAAAUUACAAUUUAGUCUACAAAAAUAUGAUAACAGCUAAGAAUCAUUAUCACAGUAUGUAUAAAGAAGUUUUGGUUCAAUUUGAUGAAAAUAAAAAUGAUCUUGUUAAACUUGUAAAGCCAUUCGUGGCCUCUUCAUUAUCAAUGAUCACAUGGGUUAAAAAUGAAAUCACAGAAUCAACUCUUUUCUUUUACCAAUACUACCAUCUUGAUGAAAAAUUUAAAACAUACAGAGAUUUACUGUUUUCAGAAUAUAAAAAUAUCAUUCCAACAUUUAAUGAGUACAAAGAGGUAAUCCUAAAAGUCUCCGAAGAAUACAAAGAUGUUGCUCUUAAAAUUACACAGGAAUACAAAGAUAAGGUCCUUAUAUACACAAAAGAAUAUAGAGAGCAAGCAAAAAUAGUUUUUCAGAAGUGCAAAGAAAUUGUAACAAAAUAUAUUCAUAAAUAUCAACCAAUUGCUGAAAAAUUUAUGGGUCAAUAUAUAGAGCAUACUCGACAAUAUGUAAAAGAAUACCAGGCUAUUGCACUCAGGUACUAUAAAAAAAUUAAAGAGCAAGCACCAUUAAUAGCAUUAAAAUAUAGAGACAUGGUUCAACAUUAUAUAAAUGAAUAUCAGGCUACUGCACUUAAGUACUAUGAUGAAAUUAAAGAACAUGUACCAGUAAUAGUAUUAAAAUACAUAGACAUGACUCAACAAUAUAUAAAGGAAUACCAGGCUACUGCACUCAUGUACUAUAAAGAAUUCAAAGAGCAUGUACCAGAAAUAGCAUUAAGAUACAAAGACAUGGCUCAACAAUAUGCAAAGGAGUACCAGGUUAUUGCACUCCAGUACUAUGAAGAAAUCAAAGAACAAGCGCCAAAAAUAGCAUUGAAAUACAGAGACAUGGCUCAACAAUAUGCAAAUGAGUACCAAGUUAUUGCACUCAAGUACUAUGAAGAAAUCAAAGAACAAGCACCAAAAAUAGCAUUGAAAUACAAAGACAUGGCUCAACAAUAUGCAAAUGAGUACCAAGUUAUUGCACUCAAGUACUAUGAAGAAAUCAAAGAACAAGCACCAAAAAUAGCAUUGAAAUACAGAGACAUGGCUCAACAAUAUGCAAAUGAGUACCAAGUUAUUGCACUUAAGUACUAUGAAGAAAUCAAAGAACAAGCACCAAAAAUAGCAUUGAAAUACAGAGACAUGGCUCAACAAUAUGCAAAUGAGUACCAAGUUAUUGCACUCAAGUACUAUGAAGAAAUCAAAGAACAAGCACCAAAAAUAGCAUUGAAAUACAAAGACAUGGCUCAACAAUAUGCAAAUGAGUACCAAGUUAUUGCACUCAAGUACUAUGAAGAAAUCAAAGAACAAGCACCAAAAAUAGCAUUGAAAUACAGAGACAUGGCUCAACAAUAUGCAAAUGAGUACCAAGUUAUUGCACUUAAGUACUAUGAAGAAAUCAAAGAACAAGCACCAAAAAUAGCAUUGAAAUACAGAGACAUGGCUCAACAAUAUGCAAAUGAGUACCAAGUUAUUGCACUCAAGUACUAUGAAGAAAUCAAAGAACAAGCACCAAAAAUAGCAUUGAAAUACAGAGACAUGGCUCAACAAUAUGCAAAUGAGUACCAAGUUAUUGCACUCAAGUACUAUGAAGAAAUCAAAGAACAAGCACCAAAAAUAGCAUUGAAAUACAGAGACAUGGCUCAACAAUAUGCAAAUGAGUACCAAGUUAUUGCACUCAAGUACUAUGAAGAAAUCAAAGAACAAGCACCAAAAAUAGCAUUGAAAUACAAAGACAUGGCUCAACAAUAUGCAAAGGAAUACCAGGUUAUUGCAUUCAAGUACUAUGAUGGUGAAUACAAAGAACUUAUUCAAAAAGUAGCAGCAGAAUACAAAAUACUUGUUCUAAAGUAUUAUGAAGAAUUCGCAGAACAAGCACCAAAAGUUGUUGCAAAAUACAGAGCUUUAGCAAACAGAUAUAUCCAAGAAUAUCAAGACGUUGCAGAGAAACUUGUUGCUGAAUACAUGGAACAAAUACAAAAAGUUGUAUUUCCAUAUAAAGAAAUGAUUGUAAAAUUUGUUAAGGAAUAUCAUCCCAUUGUUAAGAAACUCAUCGCUGACUACAAAAACAUUGCAAUAGAAUUAGCUCGCAAGUAUAUUCUUAUUGCACAAAAUGUAAUUGAUGAAAGUCGUAAAUACAUCAACAAUUUCGACUUGAAAAAUGUUAAAAAGGACCUAGACUCAGUACUCAGUGCUUACAUGACUGAGUUAGGAAAUUAUGUCUCCAUUGAGUCCAAAAAGGGAAAGAUGCUUAUCAAUGUUUAUCAUAGUGAGAUAACACCUAAAUUCAGUCAUCACUUGAGCUCUAUUGGAGUAAGAUCAAGGCGAAGCAUUGAAAGUGUUAAAAUGAAAGGAAGCGACCUGGUUUUGACAAUUGAAAAACAGUUUGAAGAAUUAAAAGCAAGAGUUCAACAACUGGUUACUAAAAUCCAAUAUUUUUUGACCAACUCUAAAGAAGUUAAAACAACCCUAUUGGCUAGCUAUUAUAGCAACAGAAAAAUUUUGGAAACAGGUAUUGAAAAUGGAAUGCAACAACUAAAUGCUGUUUACAAAAAUGCUUUAAAUGAAUUUGAGACUAUCAAAAUAGAAGCUAACAAAUUCAUUAACAAUUUUUCUGUAGCCUACUAUUAUGAAAAAUCCCAGAAGAUCUCUACAAGAUUCUACUCUCAUGCUCAGACACAAAGUUUGGAAUAUUAUAAACAAGCUAAAGAAUUCUACUCCAAAUAUCUUGAUGUGGCACAGAAGCUUCUUUCUGAGUAUUUUAUCAUUGUAGAGAAGUAUUAUUCGAAUUACUACACCCAAGUCCAAGAGAUCUUAAUAAAAUAUUAUAAUCAAGCCCAGAACCUGUAUCCUGAAUACUACAAUCAAGCAAAAGAGUUGUGCUUGAGGUACCGUUCUCAAGCCCAAGAGUUCUCAUUGAAAUUCUAUAAUCAAGCUGAAGUUUUGUAUUCACAGUAUUACAGUCAGGCCAAGGAGUUCUCAAUGAAAUAUUAUAACCAAGCUAAGAAGUUGUAUCCAGAAUAUUAUGAUCAAGUCAAGGAGUUGUAUUUGAAGUACUAUUCUCAAGCACAAAAGUUCUCAUUGAAGCAUUAUCAACAAGCCCAGAAUUUGUAUUUAGAAUAUUACAACCAAGCCAAAGAGUUCUCGAUAAAUUAUUACAAUCAAAUUGAAAAAUUACAUCCAGAAUACUUCAAUCAAGCCAAGGAGCUUUCAUUGAAAUAUUAUGGACAAGUCCAGAAAUUGUAUUCAGAAUAUUACAACAAAGCCAAAGAGUUCUCUAUAAAAUAUUAUAAUCAAGCUGCAAAAUCAUAUCCUGAAUACUACAAUCAAGCCAGGGAUCUCUCAUUGAAAUAUUAUGAACAAGCCCAGAAACUGUAUUCAGAAUAUUACAAUCAGGUAAAAGAGUUGUCAUUAAAGUAUUAUAACCAAGCUAUGAAUUCGUAUCCAGAAUACUACAAUCAAGCCAGCGAGUUCUUAUUGAAAUAUUACAAUCCUGCCCAGAAAUUGUAUAUAGAAUACCACAAUCAAAUGAAGCAGUUUUCUUUAAAGUACUUUACUCAGGUCCAGGAUUUCUCAUUUUUAUAUAUUAAUCAAUCAGAGAAAUUAUAUUUGGAAUACUACAAUCAGGCAAAGGAACUCUCAUUAAAAUAUUAUAGUCAAGCUAAGAAAUUAUCUCCAGAAUACUAUGACCAUGUUAAGCAGUUAUCUUUAAAGUAUUAUACUCAAGCCCAAGAGAUCUCAUCGAAUUGCUUUAAUCAAACUCAGAAGUUGUAUUCAGAAUACUACAAUCAGGUUCAAGAAUUUUCUUUCAAAUAUUAUAAUCUAGCCCAGAUAUUGUAUCCAGAAUACUAUAGUAAAGCCAAGGAGUUUUGUUUGGAGUAUUACAAUCAAUCACAAAAGAUCUACACAGAAUACAAAAGUCAAGCAAAAAUCCUCUAUUCAGAUUACUAUAAUCAAGUACAAAAGUUGACUUCAGUGAAUUAUGAUCAAAUCAAUAAAUUCUCUUUGGAGUAUUUUAAACAAGCCCAGGAUUUAUCUCUGAAAUAUUAUAAUCAAAUUUUAAGUAUAACUAUCAAGUGCAAAAACGAUGCGCAGGAAUUUUAUAACAAAAAUAUUAAUGAAGCCCAAACACUGUACUUUGAUUACUACAAUCAAGUUCAGUCACUUUCUUUGGAGUAUUUAAAUUUGACAGAAAAGUUUUACUCUGAAUCCCAGAAAUUUUCUGUUGAAAAUUAUGAACAAGCUCUGACCAUCUAUUCUAACUACAAAAAACAAGUUGAGAUGUUAUAUACAGAAUUGAAUAAGCGAGCCCAUAUGUGGUCUGUAACAUUUUACGAGAAAUCAAAUGUUGAAUUAAAAAAAUUGUUCAUCAGAGGAAACACAUUAUUCUCUGAGUUCAAGAAAGAUCCAUCUGCAUUUUUGAAAUCCAUCUACCAAAAGUCUAUAGAAUUGUUUAAUUUUUGGAGCUUUAAAGCUGAAAAUUUGUAUGAUCAAUACCAACCAAAAAUUGUUGUGAUGUUAAAAGAUCACCAAACAUUAUUUAUAGCAAAAGCAAAUAAGUUGUCAAAACAAAUAACUUUGAUUUACAAUAAACUUGAAUCUAAACUGAAUGACUGGAAAUCUGAAGUUACUCCUGAAAACUUAUAUGUUAUUUUUGAAACAGUACAUAAAAGUUUAAAGGAAACACCAAUUUUCUUAAGAGCAAAAGCCAUCAAAAUGUACCAACUAUACCAGCCUAAGAUUGCUUCAAUAUUCAACCAACAGAAAAGUUUACUUACAACCAAUUUUGUAAAUUUGUUGAAACAAAUAAAAAUUACCUACAGUGAAUUUGAAACAGCAUUUAAUAACUGGAAGUCAGGAGUUUCUGCUGAAAAAGCUUUUUAUCAAAUAACCAGAAGAUUCAAACACUUAACUAAAUAUGCUUCAUAUGAAACUCUAGAAAAUAUUCGUCAAGCUCUAUGCAUCAACCAUAUUGAAACUUGUCAAAGAUUUACUGAAUCUAUCCAAAUGCAAGUUACAUAUAUAAAAAGUUAUAUUACCAACAUUUUCAAAGUUGUUGUUUCCAAAGAAGUCGCAUUAUUACAGUAUGUGAGAAAUGAAUUUAGUUUCAUAAAUGACCAAAAGAAAUCUCUUAUGAGUUCACUUGCUACAGCUAUAAUUUUUGGAAAUAACCACGUUAUCACUUUUGACAGAAAAGUUUAUGAUUUUAUUGAUUAUAAUCAACGCGACUGCACUUACUUGUUAGCUCGAGAUUUUGUUCAUGGAAAAUUUAGUAUAAUGCGCCAAUCAGACACUACCAUUGUUAACACUCCUGAUAUGUCUAUUAAAAUUAAAAAUGAUGGAAAGACUCAGGCUACAAUUGGCAACAAAACCAUUAACUCUCUCCCAGUUGAGUCUGAAUCCAGUAAAUGUGUUAGACUGUAUGAUGUUAUACGUUGUGAAUUUAUUGAACAGGGUAUUUUUGUCAGUGUAGAUCUAAUCAACUUUGUUACUACUAUUCAAUUGAGUAGUUGGCAUUUUGGAAAGACCCAAGGUGUUUUGGGCACUUACAAUCACGAAUCUUACGAUGAUUGGAAAAUGCCAGAUGGCAAGAUUGCAGACAACAUUUACAAGUUUGCAAAUGCUUAUGAAGUUUCAAAAAAACGAUCCUGUGUUGCCACACCUAAAGAAAAAGCAUGUUCUAAUGCCCCCUCUGCCAAGUGCAAAGAACUUUUUAACUCAACUUCAUCUAUGUUUGCUCGUUUCUUUAAAAUUGCAGAUCCUAAACCAUUUUUGAAAGCUUGUGAAGAUGAUACAUCUUGUAAAUCGAUUGGUCAUUGCAGUUCUGUUACAGCAUACAGAGGUUUACUUAAAGCUUUAGGAGAAAAACCAGACUUCUGUCCUGAUUGUGUUGCAUUUGACUCUCACAAGAUGAAUGAGGAAUGGAAUCUUAAACCGACAGGGUCAGUUGAUGUUGUUAUGCUUGUAUCUGAUAGAGUAUCAGGAAAAGAUUUUAAGAAACAGCUUAUGAAGAUCAUGAUUCAAGUACAACAAUUUUUGAGAGUAAACAAAUACGAUACACGCUAUGCUCUUAUUGGUUUUGGCGGAAAAGGAGUUCACGAGAGUUCACACAUUCGACCUAUUGGAACAGGUGACAUUUUUGGUUCAUCGGAUGACUUACUUAAGGAAAUGAAAAAGAUGGAAUUCAAUGGCGAAGAUAAUUCAUUUAAUGAUGCUUUCGAGGCCAUUACAAUGGCAUCAAAACUAUCCUUCCGGCCAGGUGCGAGUCGCAUAUUUAUACUUUACACUGAAGAUGAUGUCAAGUCUUCAUUGUCUGGUGUCACACAGAUAGAAGCUCAACAUUUCUUAGAAAAAGAAGCCAAUGCCACUUUAGUUGUCUUCCAAAAUCUCCAGACAAAGAUGUUAGCACAGCAGUUAAAAGGAAACUUUAUAGCAGAAACAGCUCAUAGAGUUUAUUCGGACAAAGCUCCUUCCGGCUCUCAAAAAGGCUCUUAUAGUUUAACCAAUUCAGCAUUUAAAAAGCUGACUGACAGCAGUAACGGAGCUCUGUUUACAACUGACUUUACUUCUGUUAACAUCGUUUCAAAAUCUUUAUACGAUGUGAUGUCAUUCAACAUUCAACGCGUCAACUCCCAGUGUCAACAAUGCGUUGUGCAAGCAAAACCGAACGGCGAUCCUGUAGUUAUAUGCGCCACUCGAAACGACAUAACUUGUUAAAGUCUUUAACUAGAACUGCAAUUUGAAUUUUUUCAUGUACAAAACAUCUAUUAUGUAUUUUUAUAUUUUCUCUUGUAAA